UAUUGACAAUUUCUGAUUAAGUUGGUUGUGUACAACGUUUUACUUUGUAUUGUCUAGAAAAUUGUGUACUUUUCUUGUUAACAGGUAGAAUUUUCGGUUUUUUGAGCCAUUUGGUCGAACCGUCUAGUGAUUCGACGAAUUUUGCGUUUUCACGUCAAAGUUCUCAUUACCGUGUUUUAAAGGUCUCUUACAUGUUCUGCUAGCGUAUUUCAAAGCUUGGUAAUCUGUUUCCAUUUGUGUUUGUAUUUUGCAGCUUGUUUCCUCAACUUAGUAGAAAAAACUUGACACGCUCGUGUGGUCUUCGCUCGAAGAAUGGAUCUGUCCCCAUGGUUUUCUUGGAUCCGUGGAAAUCCCAGUUUCUUUACGACAAAAAUUGAUGUAUUUCGUUCUUUUCUAUCCAAUAAUGAGCCUCUUUCGUUAAAUAAUUCAAACAGUUCGGCCACCAAUGGUACAAAUCCAAUUGACUCUCCUAUUGCACGUUGGCAUAUUAUUCUCUCCGUCUUUGGAAUUGCUUCGUUGUAUGCCUUUUUUGCAUGGAAGUUGCUUAGAAACACUUUCUUGAAAAAGCUUAUGGUCCCUGCUGAGUUUAACGGCCUUCGGAAAGUGUACGCUAUUGUGCUCUUCUUCUUAAGUACUUUCAAUUUGGGAUGUUCACUUGUUAUACCUACGUUGCCUGGUGUGACUCAAAAGCUUGCUUUCCUUCCAUUCUGGAUCCUAUUUGUCCUGCUUCAUCUUCAUGUUUUUGGCUUGUUCACAUUACGCUUGUGCUGGCCACAUGCACGUCCUUCGUUGUAUCACGGCGGUGUCUACUUAAAUUUAUUACUGCUAAUUAUGACCGUCGAUCUUUUCAUUCGUCCCUUUUGUUACCUACAGCACCCUCCUUUGUCGGUGAUGCCGAAACUUGUGUGGGUGUACGUUUUCUCGCUUGGUCUGUCGCAUUGGAUCACAUGCAUUAGUCCUCGGGUUUGGUAUCCCAUGAAUCCGGGUGGUGAUUCUCAGGCUUCAGAUGAACAAGUCUGCAGCAUGCUUGAUUUUCAGUUCACGUACGGUUUUCUGAACAAGCUUGUUGGCCGCUCAAUGAAACACGAACUCGAGCUGGAGGAUAUGCCUCCACUUCCUGAUUACGAUGAAAAUGUAUACUGGCAUUCGCGCUUUCAGCGGUUUUCGCGGCCUUCACUCUUCAAGACCAUUGUUUCAAUGUUCCGUUGGCAAUUUCUUGGCAUCAUGGCUGUCAGCGUAUUCGUCAGUUUUGCCCAAUUCUUUAGCUUAAUUGCAAUGAAUCACUUGCUGCGAUACUUGGAGGGUGAUUCAAAGGAGUUUUUAAGUCCCUAUCUUUGGAUUCUAAUGCUGCUUGUCGCUCCAUAUGUCUCUUCCUUGGCCUUUCAAAACUAUCUGUUCUUGUCUACACGAUUUCUCGUUCGUUGUCAUACAGCACUUGUACAAGAACUACUCUUGAAAGUUUUGCGUUUCCGUUUUGUGCGCAAGGCGGGUGCUGAUUCAAAAAUUGGACGUGUGAACAAUCUUAUUUCUACUGAUAUUGAAGAUAUUUUUGAGAUGCGCGAGCUGUUUCACGUUGCUGUCCGUGCUCCUUUGGAAAUCGGUGUGGCAGUUUACGCUCUGCAAAAGCUCCUCGGUUGGAGUGCAUACGUGGGUUUAUUCUUUUCCAUUGUCACUACUAUCUUGCCUAUCGCCCUUAGUCGUUUAGUCGCAAAACUCACCCAGCGCGCUAACGCAGCAGCGGAUUCACGUAUUGAACUGACUUCUGAGCUCUUACAAAGCAUUCGUAUUACCAAGUACUUUGGCUGGGAGGCUCCCAUGGUGCAGCGUAUCAAUCGAAAGCGCUCCGUUGAGCUUUCCCGAUUAUGGCGAGUAAUGGUGGUUGACCUUUCAUUGCACGUUCUUAUUGAAUCGUUGCCUUUGUUCAGUAUGUUCAUUACUUUUAUCGUCUUCACAAAACUCAUGGGUCGGGAUUUGACGCCGUCUAUCGCGUUUACUUCGAUUGGUCUUUUUUCAGUUAUUCGAAACCAAUUUGCAUGGUGUGCAUACAUUUUGCGGGAAAUUAUCCAAAUUUUUGUUUCAAUCGACCGUGUGGAAGACUUUCUUCAUGAUAACAACGAAGUUGCUCCAACUUCAAAGUUUGAUGCUGACGAUGACGAAGUCGGUUUUAAAAAUGCCACUUUCGCUUGGUCUCCAAAUCCUUCAAAAGAGGAAUUCAUGCUCAAAGAUCUUAGUGUUACGUUUCCAAAAGGAAGGGUCACGUUAAUCGUGGGCCCCACAGGUGCUGGAAAGUCAUCUAUUCUCAGUGCUUUACUGGGAGAACUGAAUCUUAUAUCGGGAUCAUACUCUCUUCCCCGGUUAAACGGUGUUUCGUAUGUUCCACAGGUUACAUGGCUGCGAAAUGACACUGUUAGAGAAAAUAUCUUAUUCGGACACGAAUUGGACGAGCAAAAGUAUAAUGAAGUCGUCAAGGCUUGUGGUUUGGAACCUGAUUUCGCUACUUUUGCUGCCGGUGACAUGACGGAAAUAGGAGAAAAGGGUGUUACACUUUCUGGUGGACAAAAGCAGCGUAUCUCUCUUGCUCGUGCUGUGUAUGCGCCUUCCGAUGUUCUCCUUAUUGACGAUGUGUUUUCUGCUUUGGAUGUGUCCACUUCUAACUGGAUUUUUGAGAACUGCUUUAAAGGACCACUUAUGAAGGAUCGAACUGUUAUUUUGGUAACUCAUAAUUUACACUUGACCAAAUCUAUUGCUUCAUUAAUUUUAACGACAAAGAACGGGUCUGUUUUUCCUUUGGAAGACUUUUCGUCGCCUUUACUUAAGCUGGCAGAAGUCGCGGAACCUGAAAAGGUAAACGAUUCCCUGGAUGAAGAAACAGGAGAUGAAAACAGUCAAGGUGAGACUGGUUCAGGAAAACUAGUGGAGGAGGAGCAACGGGCUACCGGCUCUGUAUCAAUGAAGCUGUUGUUUGAGUAUAUAUUGUCGUUCGGUAGUUCGGCUUAUGUUGCUCUUGUGCUCUUAUUCAUCGUCACAACCGGAAUGAUGUCUAUCUUCACGAACCUGUGGGUCGCAUUUUGGACAAAUAAUACACUCUCCGGGUCCAGAAGCAAUGGUUUUUACUUGGGAAUAUAUGGAUUAUUAGUAUUGUUGUACUUUUUGGUCGACAUUUUCCGCGGUUUAGCUUAUAAUCGCGGAACAUGGCGAGCAGCUAAGCAUGUGCACAAUUAUAUGGUGAACAGCGUGUUUGGUACAUACAGCUCCUGGUUUGACAAGACUCCAGUCGGACGAAUUAUUAACCGAUUCUCUCGCGACAUGCGUGCUUUGGAUACGACUCUUCCUUUGUGGUUACAGUACACGGCUGAAUGCUUUGUGACAAUCUUUGGAAGCAUAUUCACCGUUUCGUCUGUUAUGCCAGUUUUCUUGCUUCCUACCACAAUUGUUUGUAUAGCAAGCUACAUCAUUGGUACUAUCUAUUCAAGAGCCCAAGUGAGCAUCAAACGCUUGAUGUCCGUAUAUACUUCUCCUAUAUUCAGUCUUUUAGGUGAAACUAUAUCUGGAUUGCCCGUGAUUAGAGCAUUUGAAAGGCAACAUCUGUAUUCCCGUAAGAGCUCGAAGCUCUUGGAUAACCUAAUUCGUAUUGAGAGUACAUCUUAUAAUCUCAAUCGAUGGGUUGCAAUUCGUACGGAAGGAAUUAGUGGCAUCGUUGGUUUCAUUGCAGGUUUUAUUGCGCUUGCUCGUCGUAAUGUUGACCCAGGUCUUGUUGGUUUCUCUCUUAAUCAGGCUGUCACAUUCAGCUUAGUUGUGAUUACAUUCGUUCGAGUAAGCAAUAAUUUGCAAGCUGAGCUUAACAGUUACCAGCGUGCGAAGGAAUACUGUGAUUUGCCUCAGGAACCUAAACCUGCCGCUGAUGGUGUCGUACCAGUUACUUGGCCUUCAGAAGGUGACAUUGAGUUUAAGAAUCUCUGUGUGCGAUACAUGGAAAAUUCACCGGAUGUUAUUCACAAUCUAAAUCUCCACGUGCAGUCUGGCGAAAAGGUAGCCAUUGUUGGUCGUACCGGAAGCGGAAAAAGUACGUUGGGUCUUUCUUUACUUCGAUUUACAUUAAGAUCAAGUGGUACAAUUCUAAUUAACGGUCGUGAUAUCGAGACCAUUAACCUCGACGCAUUAAGACAACGCAUCAGUUUUAUUCCGCAGGAGCCCAUUUUGUUUUCCGGUACCAUUCGGAGCAAUUUAGACCCCUUCAAUGAACUCGAUGAUGCUAUAUUGAAUGAAGCUUUGAAAACAAGUGGAGUAAGUGAGCUAACGACAUCAAUUGACGAAAAUGGUGUAAAACGCGUCGUUUCCUUGGAUACCCCCGUUGCUUCGGAGGGUGCAAACUUCUCGCAAGGAGAGAAGCAAAUUAUUGCUCUUGCCCGUGCAAUUGUACGCCGCUCGAAGAUUAUUAUUUUAGACGAAUGCACUGCCUCAGUUGACGAUGCUACCGAUCAGCAAAUUCAAAAAACUUUGCGUCAUGCCUUUGGUAAUGCCACAAUGCUCUGUAUUGCCCACCGGUUAAAAACAAUUGUUGACUAUGACAAGGUCAUGGUUAUGGAAAACGGAUGUUUAGUUGAAUAUGGCCGGCCAGCUGAUUUGUAUCACAAUGGUUCUGGUACCUUCAGACGAAUGUGUGAAGGUAGCGGCUUGUCCUUUUGAAACAAUGCACUGAAAUGUUAAUAUCGGUACUGUAAAUUCUAGUUCUUGUCUUUUUUAGUUUAGAUUUUAGGCAUAACAAUAUGUUUUAAAUCAAUUUCACAAUGUCAGUCUACUAAGUGUUAAUGGUGAUAUGGGAGCAGUUUUUAAAGAUCAUGAAUGGGUUU